AUGGCUUCAAACACGUCAACGAGUCACGGCUUUGAGCCAGACAGCAACCGUUAUAUCGCUGCUGGAUGUCUCGUUUGCAAACAUGUGAACGACACCAUCCGCCCCUACUCGAAGCUUCUGGACCGCAAAUGGGUCCGUUUCGAGACUACUACCGGCCACGACGACGGGAGUGUUGCAGUCGUUCGAGUUCAUGUACUUCCCGACGACUCCUUCAACAGCCUCAUUCUUCGGGAUGAUCCUGUACUUCGUGGCAAGAAGAAAGCCCUUCUAGCAUCUCUCGAUUACUCGCCCUCCACAUGGCGAGGAUUGACCAAGCACGGCGCAUCCCAGGACUUCCCUCCGUUGUCAUCCCAAGGUGGUGGCUCCGACAAGGACAUGUCACUACUCGACAUGUUCAACACUAUUCCAUCGCCAAAACCUGACAUCAAGCUGCUCCGGCACUUUGAAUCCCGAGAGGCUAUGGCCAACCUUUUGUCUAGCACAGUCGAAGGCUUGAAAACCGAGCUUUACCCCUACCAGUGUCGCUCAGCCGCCCUGAUGCUCCAGAGGGAGGAGGAACCUGGUGACGUCCUCGAUCCUCGUCUUGCACACGUUAUGGAUCAACAUGGAAAGCCUUGGUACUACGACCCAAACACUGGUGAAGCUCGCAUUGAGCCUCGUCACUACGACCGAAUUUGCGGCGGAAUCCUGGCCGAGGAAAUGGGCUCGGGCAAGACAUUGAUCGCUCUCGCCCUCAUCGCCGCGACGAAAGACCAACCAGCUGUCAUACCGGAGCUCUACCGCUCUGACAACCUUAACAUCCGUCCCACAGUUGGAUCUCUGAUGGAUAUGGCAGCUGCGGUUGCCACAAAGAAUGGCGUAUCUUGGAAGCGCUACAUCGACUCACGGUACGGGAAUUGCAUCCGGGCCAUCGAGAACCCCGCGUGGUACUAUCUGCCGAGGCCAACUGGUGCAAGGGCUUCUCGACGGUCUGAAGCCGAUACAAAUCUUCCUCCGACUAAGGUCUAUGUCAGCCAUACGACUCUGAUAAUAGUUCCUCCCAACCUCCUGAGGCAGUGGACACAGGAAAUCUCCAAACACAUGCAGGGCCUCAGGGUGCUUGAGAUCGCAGCCAAGAAGAGCAGGGGUGCAGCCUCCAACGAGAUCCCAUCAAUAGAUGAUCUGGUGCACUGCGACGUUGUCAUUUGUACCGUGACGCGGCUGGAGAAGAUAUGGUCACGUUACAAGCGAUCCGAGGCCGAUGGAUCAUACUCACUCAAUUGCUCACUUGGAAAAGUCCAGUUCAAGCGUUGCAUUGUUGACGAGGGUCACAAACUUGGCCACAUCAAACUCAGCAGCAUCAAGACGGAUUUGCUACAGGCUCUGGAAGCUCUUCACAUCAACGCCCGUUGGAUCAUGACAGGAACACCAGCGAAGGGACUAUUCGGAAUGGAGAAGAAUAGCAAUUCCAACACUUCCAUGGCACAGUCAUCCGCUAUGCAGGAGAUUGAGGACCUUAAGCGCAUUGGAUCUAUCGCAACUUUCUAUCUCAAGGCUCGUCCUUGGUCAAACACAACCCACAGCCACCGCGAUACCCUUGGCGAUUGGAAGACCUACGUGAUUCAAGGCCGCAAAGAAUGCCUUACUUCCACACUCAACUCCUUGAUCAUCCGACAUCGACUUUCAGAGAUCAGUCACAUGCUGCCAGCGGUCGACUCCAAGGUGGUCAAGCUUGAGGGAUCCUACCAGGACAAGCUCUCCAUGAAUCUCUUCUCUAUGAUGAUCAUCUUCAAUGCUGUUCAAUCUCAGCGGACCGACCAGGACUACUUCUUUCAUCAAAAGAAUCGCAAGUCCAUGGUUGAGUUGGUCCACAACCUGAGACAAGCAAUUUUCUUCGGUGGCUCAUUCUUCUCUGCAUCUGAGAUUCAAAAGUCGGUUGAAACAGCGGAGAGCUUUUUGGAGCAAAAGGAUGUUUCUAUCAACGACGCUGACCAGUCGCUUCUCAAUGCCGCAAUAAAUCUCGGAAAGAUCGCCGUGGGCAACAGAGUCAAGCGUGCAGCGAAUGUCUUCCAUGAAAUGCCGAUUUACAUCGACCACUUUCCAGCUGGAUGUCUCAAGGCUUGGUCAGUGGAUUAUAUGACCAGCACUGGCCUGAUGUGCACCAACUGGAAGUUGAUGAUCGCAGCCCAAAGGGCCCUGCGUCCUUUCUUGGGCUCGACCGAAGGUCUGAACACGUACUUGAACAGUGGGUGGUUCCUUACGACGGGCACAUCAGAGCAAAGCCGUGCUAUUCAUGACGCCCAACCACCACAGACCUCCACUACUGCCCGAAACGCCGAGAAGACUCUAGCCGGCAACACGAAACUGGGUGAAGACCAUGUCAACCCACGACGAGGCCAUUUGGCGGCCAUUAGACUGAACGACACGGGAAUUCCAACUCCACCGCAAACACCUGAAGAGGGCAUUGAAAUUGCAGCACCACUGGCAGAAACCCAGUUGAUAUCGACGGUCUCCGCGAAGCUAUCCUAUCUCAUCGACGCAAUAGCCAUGCACCAGAAGGAGGAACAAAUAAUUGUGUUCUACGACAACGACAACAUUGCCUGGUACCUGGCCGGCAUUCUAGAGAUGCUGCAGAUCCACCACCUGAUCUAUGCCAAGGGCAUCUCCGUGGCCCGUCGCGCCCAGUACGUCUCCACCUUCACGCACAGCAGCAAGUUCCGCGUCCUGCUCAUGGACAUCGCCGAGGCCGCCUUCGGCCUGGACAUGAAAUCAGCAUCGCGUAUAUACUUUAUCGGCCCUGUGUUGGACCCGCAAGUCGAGGCGCAGGCAAUUGGGCGAGUAAGGCGAAUCAGUCAGCAGAAGAGGGUCACGGUCGAGACGCUGGUGCUCAAGGACAGCAUAGAGGAGCUCAUCGUGGAGCGCAAGACGAAGAUGACGCAGGCGGAGCACCGCAGGUGCAAGACCAUACUCGACGACCGCCCGAUCUACGACUGGAUCCUGAAUGCGAAGAUAAUACCUCUGCCGGAUGUCGACAACGAGGAUGGCCCAGCACAGAUGGCGCCGCUGGCCGUCCCGCAGUACAUAUUUGGCCGCGAGUUUGGCCGCGAGGUGGUUGACCCUGAUGAGGACAUUCUGAUGGAAGAUCCGACCCACGCUGGUGCGAUGUCAGAAAAGGCGAAGGGCAAGAGGCCGGCAGAGGAUGCCGAGCCUGGCCUUGAUGAGCCGGUGGCGAGGUCGAACAGCUCAAAGAAGAAGCUGCGUAUUCGAUUCCGACCUGUCAAGCGGGCUCGUUUCGCUGAUGCAGAAGACACUGAUGCAGCCUUACCCGGCGGCACUGCCAACGCCAGAGAAGAGCCGGGCACGGAGACUUCACUGGACAGGUCGAAGAGCAUCCAGCCGUCAAUCGCUACAGUCGGCGACCAGUUGGCGGGAAGCUCCUCGUCACGACCUGCCGGGGACGUUCGUGAUGACUCUCAGUCUCCGCUUCCGGCCCGUCCUGUCAAACGUGCUCGCUUUGCGGACAUAUAG